CGCACGUGGACCGCGGAGCUGCUGCGCCUCGCCACAGAUCGCCGGCUCCGGGCGCCGCGACUCCAGGUACAGGGAGCGACCAGGAAGGGCAGGAGAGCGCGCCCGGGCCCGGGCCCGGCCCCAGCCGCCUCCGCCCCGCUCCGCUCCGCUCGGUUCCCGCCCCAUGGCUCCGCGGCCGCCGCCGCCCAAGCCGCCCUCCAGUCCGGAGGGGCCUCGCGGCAGCGGGUGCAAACACUUGGUUAAGGACUGAACAGCACCGCCGCCUCCUCGCGGGCCACCCCCAGCACCCUAAGGAAAGCCGAGGCGGGAGAGACAGGAGGGAGGAAGCAAGAGCGAGCCGGAGCGAGCAGGAAGCAGGGCUCCAGUUGCCGCGGGACCGUCCAGCCCGGAGAAGGCUGCGCCCCGGGCCGCAGCGGGCGGAGCCCCUGGGUUGCGCCGAACUCCGGGCUGGCGGCUGCGGAGACGCGUCUCGGUGUCCCUGGCCGGCCCCGCGCACCUGCCCGCGGCCGGCGCUCCGGACUCACCUGGCUCCGGCGCCCCCUUCCCCACCGCCGCCGCGCCCGAGCCGGGCUGCGCGGGCCUGGAGCACUGCCGGGUCUAAUAUGCCCGGAGCCGAGGCGCGAUGAAGGAGAAGUCCAAGAAUGCGGCCAAGACCAGGAGGGAGAAGGAAAAUGGCGAGUUUUACGAGCUGGCCAAGCUGCUCCCGCUGCCGUCGGCCAUCACUUCGCAGCUGGACAAAGCGUCCAUCAUCCGACUGACCACGAGUUAUCUGAAGAUGCGCGCCGUCUUCCCCGAAGGUUUAGGAGAGGCGUGGGGACAGCCGAGCCGCGCCGGGCCCCUGGACAGCGUUGCCAAGGAGCUGGGAUCGCACUUGCUGCAGACUUUGGAUGGAUUUGUUUUUGUGGUAGCAUCUGAUGGCAAAAUCAUGUAUAUAUCCGAGACAGCUUCUGUACAUUUAGGCUUGUCCCAGGUGGAGCUGACCGGCAACAGUAUUUAUGAGUACAUCCACCCUUCCGACCACGACGAGAUGACUGCUGUCCUCACUGCCCACCAGCCUCUGCACCAUCACCUGCUCCAAGAGUACGAGAUGGAGAGGUCAUUCUUUCUUCGAAUGAAGUGUGUCUUGGCGAAAAGAAAUGCGGGCCUGACCUGCAGUGGAUACAAGGUCAUCCACUGCAGCGGCUACUUGAAGAUCAGGCAGUAUAUGCUGGACAUGUCCCUGUACGACUCCUGCUACCAGAUCGUGGGGCUGGUGGCCGUGGGCCAGUCGCUGCCGCCCAGCGCCAUCACGGAGAUCAAGCUGCACAGUAACAUGUUCAUGUUCAGGGCCAGCCUCGACCUGAAGCUCAUAUUCCUGGACUCCAGGGUGACCGAGCUGACGGGGUACGAGCCACAGGACUUGAUCGAGAAGACCCUGUACCACCACGUGCACGGCUGCGACGUGUUCCACCUCCGCUACGCACACCACCUCCUGCUGGUGAAGGGCCAGGUCACCACCAAGUACUACCGGCUGCUGUCCCGGCGGGGCGGCUGGGUGUGGGUGCAGAGCUACGCCACCGUGGUGCACAACAGCCGCUCGUCCCGGCCCCACUGCAUCGUGAGUGUCAAUUAUGUACUCACGGAGAUCGAAUACAAGGAACUUCGGUUGUCCCUGGACCAGGUGUCCACUUCCAAGUCCCAGGACUCCUGGAGGACCGCCUUGUCUACCUCACAAGAAACUAGGAAAUUAGCUAAACCCAAAAAUACGAAGAUGAAGACAAAGCUGAGAACAAACCCUUACCCCCCACAGCAAUACGGCUCGUUCCAAAUGGACAAACUGGAAUGCGGCCAGCUCGGAAACUGGAGAGCCAGUCCCCCCGCAAACGCCCCGGCUCCCCCAGAACAGCAGCUCCAUUCAGAGAGCAGCGAGCUUCUGUACGCGCCACCCUACAGCCUGCCCUUCUCCUACCACUACGGACGCUUCCCCCUGGACUCGCACGUCUUCAGCAGCAAAAAGCCAAUGCUGCCGGCCAAGUUCGGGCAGUCCCAAGGAUCCCCUUGUGAGGUGGCACGCUUUUUCCUGAGCACACUGCCAGCCAGCGGCGAAUGCCAGUGGCAUUAUGCCAACCCCCUAGUGCCUAGCAGCCCGUCUCCAGCUAAAAACUUCCCGGAGCCACCGGCGAACACUGCUCGGCACGGCCUCGUGCCAAACUACGAAGGUGGGUCAGGUCUGCAUGCAGGGACGCAGGGAGAACUGGGAACAGACAGGGCCCGCGGCAGCGGUGGCGGUGGGUGGCAGAUGGAAAAAGAAUCCUCUGGCUUUAGGCAAAGUUUUCCUCCUUCUGCUUCUAAGUAGGACUUGCAGUGCUCUCCUGCUCUGGAUGCAAGCACUUCACUAGGGUGAGGAAGGACACUCUGCAUGCCUCAGGGACAACUAGUGACAGUAUAAAGGGCAAAGGAAAACCAAGUGUUCAGCCUUCAUAUAAAUUCUGGCCUCGUUCACUCCCCAAAAGGAGACAAUGAUUUUCAAAACCAGCUCACAUGUGAUGAGAAUGCCCCAGCUGCAUUUAUUUUACAAGAUUACUUUCCACUCCACCCAAAAAUGAGUAUGAGAGACAAAGAGUCUAUUGGUUUUCUUCCCAUGCCAGUUUUCAAAGUGAGGAAAACUGUUGUGGAAAUUCAUGGGCUCAGGGACAGAAAUGCCACUCACCAAUCCAGGGCAGGUUACAUAAAACCUCUAGGCCUCAGUUUCUUCCUCUGUAAAAUGGGAUCGUAUGCAGUGUGAUGUGCCUACUCCAGGACAUGGCACACAGGAGGGGCCCGCCCAGCACAUGCUGGUUCAACAACAGACACAAAUGGCCUUUUUGCCUUCUCCUGGUGGCAAGCAAGCAGAUGUCAUCUGUGGAGGUGCCCUGGAGCUGUCUAGGACACAGACUCCUGUUUGCUCAUUGAACCAACCCCAGGCAGAGGGUGGAAGGUGGGGAUUGAGGGUUAGCUGCAGGA